GUGACCACUUUGUAAUUUGAUGAGUGGCUUUAAUAAAUAAUGGAGCUUUUUCUAGGAUCUCCAUAACCAGUGGUGUUCCUGGUCGCUCUUUGAAAGACAGAGGCACAACACUGCAUUGAGAAAAACAACAAACUGCUUCUCCCUUUUGGAACAGUGCCAUUAUUUGGUAUGAACAUGAAUCCUGAAUAGUAAGUAUUUGCAGCUUGUUAUUUGGUCUGACUUCUUGUGCCUUGUUGUGUUGUGCUUUAUAUUUAAGUUAAGGAUUUUUCAUCAUGUUGCUAAAAGGAAAUGAGGACUCUGGAUCUGCUUCAUUGUGGGUGUGUAAUUCCUUGUUAGUCUUUUAUUUUUAAUGUAAAAGUACAUGACGUAGGGCAGAAAUGUUUUUGAAUAAGCAUGUAUUAAAUAAUGCAUGAGCAAAAUGGAUCUCCAUGGUGCAGUUGUAGGUGUCUGAAAUUAGGAAACGUUACUGUGUGGUGUUAUGUUCCUCGGUUGUUAGAGUUUUGUGUCUGCUAAGAUGAGGGGGAAAAUUACAAGCUGCCAAAGGCUUGUUUGCAUUUGUGUUGUGCUUUCUCUUAGUGACUACCUAUUCAAGCUGCUGCUGAUUGGAGACUCUGGUGUGGGGAAGUCAUGUCUGCUGUUACGUUUUGCUGAUGACACCUAUACUGAAAGCUACAUCAGCACGAUAGGGGUUGACUUCAAAAUCAGGACUAUUGAAAUGGACAGCAAGAUAGUGAAGCUGCAAAUUUGGGAUACAGCUGGUCAGGAGAGAUUUCGCACUAUUACUUCCAGCUAUUACAGAGGUGCCCAUGGGAUUAUCAUUGUAUAUGAUGUUACUGACCAGGAGUCCUUCAACAACAUAAAGCAGUGGCUGGAGGAGAUUGAUCGCUAUGCAUGUGAAAAUGUCUCAAAGUUGCUUGUGGGGAACAAAAGUGAUUUAACUUCAAAAAAAGUGGUGGACUUCACUACAGCAAAGGAACUUGCUGAGACACUUAAAAUCCCAUUCCUUGAGACAAGUGCAAAGAAUGCAAGCAAUGUGGAGAAGGCAUUUUUAACGAUGGCCUCUGAAAUCCAGAAGCGAGUCGUGGAAGACAAUGUUCAGAACGAGACAGUCAAAGUGGGAAAAAUCAAUAGUGCUCCUCUGUGGCAUGGAGCUCAGAAAGCAACUGCUGAGGAGGUCAACACCUGCUGUUAGUGCUAACAGACUCAACAUGGAGUAUGUUCAGGGUAUUUGCAUAUUUAAAAAAGAAUAUUUUGUGGACUAAUUGUAUUUCACAGUUUAUACUGAUUGAUGUCUUAUGUCUCUUUAUGAAUGAAUAUGCUCUAAACAUCCUCGCUGUGUUGCAUAUUGUUUUAAAGGUCCUAAGUGUCAGAUUAAACAAGUAUAGUAACAAUGGUGGAUCAGUGACGGACAGUUAUUUAGCAAAAAUGUUAUUUUACAGAGUGAAAUAGUUUAUUGCUUAUAAAUGAGAACUAAAACACUAGUUGGGUAUAGUAGUCGGUAAUAUUAGUCAGAAAACCCAUAUUAGAUUAAUUAGAUUAACAUCUUAAACUGUCAGGUCCUUAACAGCAGGUCCAGAUUUCUAUUCCUCACGCUUAUGCCUGCAUACAUUUUCUAUUAGUUUCAGUGUAGUCAAUGAAUAAUAUUUUACUUAUGAUACUAUAAAUAACAGAAUAAGCUGGAACUUUAACAAGUUAAACAAUAAAAAUCUACGAGUGGUUUUUAUAAUACAAACAAAUUUAGCAUUUUCACCAUUCAUCAGAAUGCCAACCAAACAGGAAAAAUAGCACAAUUUUUAGAAAGAUGAUGUGCCUCUGAUCAUGUGGGCUGUUGAUCAGUCAACUAAAUGGAUUAAAAAUUAAAAUAUCUAACAUGUGGGGCCUUAAAUUUUGAUUUAAAAAAUAUGUAAUUGCCUUAGAGUAAGUUUACUUUUUCUUCAAAAUAUUCUAAUAUUCAAAAGAUUGAUAAGGUUAUGUUUGGAUAUUUUAAGUAGAUUUUUCAUGUUUUGUCUGUGAUUAAUAAUAAUUAAAAAAAAUUAAAUAAUUUGACAGUCAUUGUUUGCUAUCAGAUUUGAGCCCAAGAGUCUUCAAAGACAAACAAAUAAUAACAUAAGGGGCACAAAGUUCUGUUGCACUUGUUUUGUUUGUUUGUUUGUUCCCCCCCCCCCCCCCCUUUUCCAGUGGUUGAGUUCACAUAAACAAAACAAAAAACCUUC